UACGUAAACCGGUUUUGUCGCUCCUUCAGUUAGAGAGGGCUUUAGAUUCGCCAUUUUGUUUGUGUGGGAAGCAUCAUCACAAUCACAUUCAGUUCUUCCUCUUCCUUUUCCUAUAUUUCACAUGUCUUCAUUUAACCAACCUUGAUACCUGCAAUUGCAAUUGCAAUUGCAAAUUUAAGCAUAUAUAAUGGCAUCCAUGAAGCUAGGAUCAAAGCCUGAAAGCGCUUUUUAUCGUGAAGGCCAAACUUGGGUUUGUACAACUGGACUUCCAAGUGAUGUUACCAUUGAAGUUGGUGAAAUUUCUUUUCUCCUCCACAAGUUUCCAUUGCUUUCUAGAAGUGGCCUACUGAAGAAACUCAUUGCAGAGUGCUCGGAUGGAUCAAGUUGUGUUUUGCAGCUUCAUGAUAUCCCUGGUGGAUCUAUAACAUUCGAGCUCAUCGCCAAGUUUUGCUACGGUAUCAAAAUAGAAGUCACAGCAUUGAAUGUAGUCCCCCUCAGGUGUUCAGCUGAGUACCUCCAAAUGACUGAAAGCUACAGCGAAGGGAACCUUAUUAGACUAACAGAGUCUUUUCUCAAUGAAGUUUUCAGCAAUUGGCCAGAUUCCAUAAAAGUCCUUGAAACAUGUGAGAAAGUGCUACCCUUUGCAGAGGAUCUCCGCAUAGUAUCAAGAUGCAUUGAUUCCGUGGCUAUGAAGGCUUGUUCAGAUCCCGAGUUAUUAAAUUGGCCUGUGACACGACGAAAUAGCAAUGAAAACAAUUCUGCAGAAAGUGUGUUGUGGAAUGGAAUUUCUUCUGAGAGGAAUCUAGGUGAUGAUUGGUGGUACUAUGAUGUGUCUUUGUUAAGUCUGCCCCUAUUUAAAAGAUUGAUUUCGUCCGUUGAAUCAAAGGGAAUGAAAUCUGAGAGUGUUGCAGCAUGUCUCAUAUAUUAUCUUAGGAGGUUUCUCCCCUUGAUGCAUAGGCAAUCAAGCUUCACUGACACAAGUCAUGCAACCAUUCCUACAACUUCUGAUGCAGAUCAAAGGGCUGUGCUGGAAGAAAUUGUGGAGUUAAUUCCAAAUAAGAGGGGUGUCACAUCGUCAAGGAACCUUUUCAGGCUUCUCCGAACCGCAAUGAUAUUACAGGCAAGUCCAUCAUGCAGAGAGAAUUUGGAGAAAAGGGUAGGAGCUCAGCUAGACCAGGUUGCAGGUGUAGAUCUUCUCAUUCCAAAUAGGGUAUACUCGGUUGAGACCAUUUAUGAUGUAGACUGCGUUCAGAGGAUUGUUGAUCAUUUCAUGUCUAUAUACCAGCCUGGAUCAUUAUCAGCUUCUCCAUUGAUACCAGAAGCAGGGGGGGCUGAUACAUUGACGCCUAUGACAAUGGUUGCAAAUUUGGUAGAUGGAUAUCUUGCUGAAGUGGCUUCAGAUGCUAAUUUGAGCUUGACUCAGUUUCAGGCACUUGGUGUUGCAAUUCCAGAUUAUGCUAGGCCACUUGAUGACGGUAUAUACCACGCAAUAGAUAUAUACCUUAAGGUACAUCCAUGGCUAACAGAUUCGGAACGGGAGCAAUUAUGCAGACUGAUGAACUGCCAGAAGCUCUCAUUGGAAGCGAGCACUCACGCAGCGCAAAAUGAGAGAUUGCCUCUCCGAGUGAUUGUUCAAGUCCUAUUUUUCGAACAGCUUAGACUUCGCACAUCAAUAUCUGGUUGGUUCUUUGUUUCUGAAAAUCUUGACAGUUCACAAAACCCAAGUGGAAGACUUGGCCUCCCGAGGACUGGUGGUGGUGCUUAUCAACUGGACUCCGCGGAGGAAACAGAAAGUGUGAGGGAACAUCUUAAGGAUCUGGAGAAGGAAUGCUCAACCAUUCGAAAAGAUCUGCAGAAGCUGACAAAGACUAAGAAAAGUUGGAGCAUUUUCCCAAAGAGGUUUGGCUUUAGAAGAAAGUCAGAGUGUUGCAAUCCAAAAGAAUCAAAUAGCUGCGAUGUAAAGACACAGCCAUCCAAUGUGAAUGAAAAUCCAAAAAAUGAAAGUAGUUGAGGGGGGUUUACCGAACUUCAUAGCUCAAGUUAGUGGAGAUUAUUUGUACACUUCUGCUUUACAUUCUAUUUAUUUACCUAUGCAAAUGUAGUUGUAACCUCUCAAUCAAAUUGUUUUUUCUUUUCUCU